AUGACCGAAUAUAAACCCAUAAAACAAUUUAUCGAUAACUUAGGAAGCAAUCUCACAAAUGAUAUAAUUGAGCACACCAACAAUGAGGAUAACAAAAAUAACACCAACAAUCCAACUCCUUUUUAUUCAAGUCCACCACCUCCAUUCCCACCAACAUCAUCAACUUCAUAUGAAAUGAACAAUAUGAAUAAUCAAGGUGCAUCAUCUUCUACCUCACAAGCAGAACAAGAUUUACAGUCUCAAAAAAUUCACCCACAACCUCAACCUUGUUCUCCAGAAGCAAGUAAAAUUACAUUUUGUUUUGGAGUAAGUUGUAUAUUAUUUUUUUUUUCAACAAUAAUGUUAACAGCUGGAGAAAAUAAAUAUGUUAGAGUAUGGGGUUUAUUAGGUAUAAUAAUUGGUGUUUUUUUAUUAUUUAUUGCUGGUUGUAUUGUAUUUGAAGUUCAUGAUAUUUAUGGUAAUAAAAAAUUUUUAAAAUUUGUUGGGUUUGGAUUUUUAGGAACUAUUUUAAUACUGAUUGGUGUAAUGUUGGCAUUUUUAAAACUUGUAUAA